GUUCGGGCCUUGCCAUACACGCAUACACUUAAGCAAUAGAUAUACAGGACAGGAGUAUCAGGGAGGAAGACGAGGAAACGUUGAUGGCCGGCGCUCAAGAGCUGAAGCUGCUGGGGUGGUGGGCGCCCGGGGUUAGCCCCUUCGUGCUGCGCGCACAGAUGGCGCUCGCCAUAAAGGGGCUGAGCUACGAGUACCUCCCGGAGGACCGCGGGUGCAAGAGCGACCUCCUCAUCGCGUCCAACCCCGUGUACAAGAAGGUGCCCGUCCUCAUCCACGACGGCAGGCCCGUCUGCGAGUCGCUGCUCAUCCUGGAGUACCUCGACGAUGCCGUUGGCCUUGCCGGCAACGGCAAGCCCAUCCUCCCCGCAGACCCCUACAGCCGCGCCGUCGCUCGCUUCUGGGCCGCCUAUGUGAACGACAAGCUGUUUCCUUCGUGCAUCGGCAGCCUCAAGACAACGAAGCAGGAGGAGAGAGCCGGUAAGGUGGAGGAGACCCUGUCCGGGCUCCGACACUUGGAAGGUGUCCUCGCAGAGUGCUCCAAAGGGGAGGUGGAGGCGCCGUUCUUUGGUGGUGACUCCAUCGGGUUCCUCGACAUCGCGCUCGGGUGCUAUCUUCCCUGGUUUGAGGCAGUAGGCCGUCUGGCCGGCUUGGGGCCGCUCAUCGACCCGGCGAGGACGCCGAAACUAGCAGCGUGGGCGGAGCGGUUCAGGGUCGCGGAGCCGGUCAAGGCGCUGCUGCCUGGUGUGGACGAGCUGGAGGAGUACAUCACUACGGUGCUUUAUCCAAAGUGGAACGUCGCGGUCACCGGUAACUAAUUAAAGAUCGUGUCGUCCCACUAGCGGCGGAGGAUCGUGUCAAUCCAAUAAUUCCUCUGCCUUCUGAGUUGUUUUCACCCCAAGAGUUGAACUGUUGUUACUACUAGGUCCUUAGUGUCUCCUCGUCAUGGAUGGCGCGUAUGCGUGCACUCUCUUCGAUCUGAGUUGUUGACAUGUGGUUUCAUGAAUAAAUUGAAGCUUCGUCCA